AUGAGUGUCCGAGAGAAAUUACGGAAGUUGCUGGGGAGGAACCGAUGUAAACCGUCCGAUUCGGGGAUCAAGAUCGUGUAUUACAGACGAGGCGAGAUUCCCCCAUCAAAGUUCAAGGGCCCGUUCGAUAAGGAUCACCAGAAACGACUGGCUGCGUGGUCAUUCGAGAAAGCCCAACAAGGCCGCCCACGUUCUCCCGAUCUCUGCCUCUCACCUUGCACCACCCUGCCGGACUAUCCUCCCUCUCGGGAGGUUACCGACGGGGCUCUAGGCCAGGCCCGGCCCAGGAUACCUGGGGUGGGCUUUUCUAAUGAAGCGACCCCGGCGGCUUACCAUGACGAAUUCAUCCAAGAUCGACAGGCUACUGCAUCCUUGUCUUCCACCACCGCCGUUGAUCCAGAAAGCUUCAGCGACUCAACAAUGACCCUCUUCCUCGACCCCCUCGACGACGACUCGGCGACUAAGGCCAAAGCGCCAAUCCGCAGCACCUCGCCAGUUGUACGAUCGGGCGCCACGUCGACUCUCCCGGGGAAGGGAACACCCACACCAUUCGCCCCUAACGAUCUAUCACAAGCGUUGAACGCUGUACAGAUCUGUUCAUAG